AUGACUGAUACGACGGCCGAGCAUGAGCACUUUUCUUCUAUGCAUCAGGGAAAAAGUGAUUCGGUCAUGGCUUUCCACGCUAGGCUCAUUGACAAGGUUCGCCUCUGUCGCUAUGAUCCAAAAGACCAGGAACGCUUCGUGCGUGCUCAACUUCUUAAAGGGAUGUCCAAUCGAGAGCUAGCCAGGACGGCAAGAACUUUUGGUCACGUGACAACUUUUAUCGUCCAGUCGGCAACGCGAGACGAGGCGUAUCAGCGAGAAAUUACCCCAGCAGCGAAUGGCGAGGAUACAACAAUAAAUCAAGUACGGGGACGAACAAGCAAGGCACCGUUGAAAAGAGAAGCUGAGGCCGACCAGGCUGGUAACUCUCGUAGCAAACAGUUCCGCUUUAACAGGGACCCCCCGAGAGGUCGUCGAGAUCGCUGCUCUAGAUGUUACUGUAGAGCACAUUGGAAUCGACCUUGUCCUGCGCUCAAACUCAAAUGUUAUUCGUGUGGUCAAAUGGGUCACUUUUCCGCAGUUUGCCGACAAAAGCGUAUCAAUGCCGUCCAAGAAAGGCAAACUCCUCGCGAUGAUGUUGUAGAUUCUAAGAUAGAAGAGCUUAAUGCACUUUCUCUCGAAGACGUACUGGUUGAAUGCCGCGUCGGGUCUUCGAGUGGUAUCCCAUUCUUGAUUGACUCGGGGGCGGGUGUAAAUGUCGUAGGAGGUAAUGACUGGCAGCGUUUGCGAGAGGAAUAUGAAUCAGGAACGGUUGACUUGGAAUUUAUUGGGAUUGGUUCAGGAAGAGGGCUUCGAGCUUACGCUACACAUGUGCCAAUGGUAGUCGAUUCUGCAUUCAGAGCGAAUAUACAAGCGGCAAGGUCGACAAACUCUGUGGUAGCCGAUUUCCUUGUCGUGAAAGAAGGAAAGCGAUCACUUCUCGGCAGGUCAACAGCGAGUGACCUGAAGUUGUUAGCUAUCAGGCCUCAAAUUAAUGAGUAUAGAGUAGACAAGAAAGAAAUUUUUCCCAAGAUGCCGGGUGUCAAAAUAAGGUUUAGUGUUGAUAAAACAAUCCCACCCACGCGAAAUGCUUUCUACAACAUUCCUGCUGCUUAUCGCGAGGGCGCUCGACGUCGACUUUUGGAGAUGGAAGCGAAUGGAAUCAUCGAAAGAGUAAUUUCUGCGCCGGAGUGGAUCAGCGGCAUGUCUGCUGUGGCGAAAGGCAAGGACGACUUUCGCCUAGUGGUCAACAUGCGUGCACCGAAUCGGGCUUUAAAACACGAAUACUUUCGCCUACCACUCCUAGAUGAAAUGAAGGUGAAACUGCAUGGGUCAAAGUAUUUCACGAAACUAGACUUGAAAAGCGCAUACUAUCACCUGGAACUAUGCAACGAGUCACGUGACCUAACAACAUUUCUAGCAGAGAACGGGAUGUUUAGAUUUACACGUCUGAUGUUUCGGGUAAAUUGUGCUCCUGAAAUAUUCCAACGUGAAAUGACGAGAACUCUGGAAGGAGUUGAAAACAAAAUUGUUUAUCUCGACGACAUACUGGUCUUCGCAAAUAGCUUAGAAGAAUUGCAUAAAACUGUUGCUCAAGUCCUUCAGAUUCGCAGACACAAUAAUCUGACUCUGAAUGAUUCAAAGUGUGAGUUCGAUAAAACUCGUAUCACGUUUCUUGGUCACGAGCUGGACCAAAAUGGGUUUCACAUUGAGGAAAGCAAGAUUCAAGCUAUUAAAAAAUUCCGAAGACCUUCCACAACUUCAGAACUUUGCAGCUUUUUAGGAUUAGCAUCAUACUGGACGGUAGCAGGAUCCAAAACUUGGAGUUGGGGCGAGCAGCAAGAGAGAUCGUUCAACAUGUUGAAAGAACAAAUAAUUCGAUGUACCGUGUCGUUAGGAUACUUUUCGGACCGUGAAAAUACGGUGUUGUAUACGGACGCGUCACCAAGUGCUCUUGGAGCAGUACUAGUUCAAGAAAGCGAAGGUUCCAGUCCACGUUUAAUUAGUUUCGCGUCCAAAGCUUUAAUUCCAACAGAGAAAAAGUACGCACAAAAUCAGCGAGAGGCUCUCGGUGCGGUAUGGGCGGUAGAACACUUCUCCGAUUUCUUGUUAGGAAGGCAUUUCACCCUACGAACCGAUGCGAAAGGCGUUGCAUUUAUUUUUAACCGGCUACGUGAAAACACUAAGCGAGCCCUGACACGAGCAGACGGCUGGGCAUUGUGGCUUAGUCCUUAUGAUUACAACAUAGAAUAUGUUAAAGGCCAGGAAAACAUUGCUGACUCAUCGUCUCGUUUAUAUCAGGGGAAUGAUAAUCCGUUUGAUGAAGACACAAACUCCUGGGAAGUCGCUGAAAAGAAUAAAAACAGGACUUGCUCGUGUUGUAUCCAAAACCAAAGUGAAAGAAUUUAUUGUCAUGAAUAUACAUAG